UUUUAAUUAUAAUCAAAGUUUAGGAGCUUAAAUGAUAGAAUAAUCAAGAGAGAAUAAGAAUUCUGGUCUUAUCUAUGCACAUUACAAUAGAACACAAAGUGGCAAUAAUGUCAACUACACUUUUAUUUUAUUUUCUCUCUUUUGAGUGCCAAUUUUCCACAAUCCCGCGUGGCAAACGCGUAUAGAGACGAAGCCACACCACCACUCCCUCCCUCCCAGAAAAAAAUUUCACUACAAAACAAUACAAACAAAGAGAAAGAGGCUUACAUUACAUAAUGUCAUAAAACAAAAUAUGAAAAUAAAAAGAAGCUCCCUGUUGUACAUCAAAUUUAAUUUAUAAUCUCUAGGGAAAUUAAUUUUCUGGGUAAUUUACAAUGUGUAGUUUCCAGGUCGCUUCCUUUAUGGGGGCAAAAUUGUAAAAUGCAACAUAUCUCACGUCUAUAAAAAACCCCCAAUCAUCACUCAACUAAUCACACCUCAACCUCAUUUCCUCAUCCUAUUUCUAUCAUUAACUGCAGUGUCUUUCUUGACAUUAUUCAAUAAAUCCCAUGUUUGUUUUUUCUCUGCUACGCAUUAAUCUGGGGGAAAAGGCUAAUUUAAGUACUCUCCAAAGCCAGCACUCACCAAUUCCCUUUUCCGUGAAUCAAAUGAGGCCUAAUAUUUCAUUUUAGUCGCACAAAUUUCUUUGUGAGCUUUUUUGAAGCACUUUCCAAACCCAGCACUCAACAACUCCUUGAGCCUUCCUCAUUUAGUCAUAUACGUACGUUGCACCAAGAAACAUGUUCCUAGAGCCAAAAACAGAUGAUCAAGCUUCCGAAGGUGUGGGCAGCAGCACUAGCUUGCUCAUUCAAACCAUCAACACUUCUGGCCAAUACGUGCGGCGCAAGAGAUGGCUUAGAUAUAUUGCUCUAGGCGUUUUCAUCUCCUCACGCAGUAAGAAAACCAGAUUGCCCCAUGAAGCCCCUACCUAUGAACCUUUAGAAGCACCGGCACCACCGGCCCCUGCCUUUCAGCAUGCGAUUGACAUCCCUCUUCAGGACCGGUUUCUGAACAAGGUUGGUCGCAUUGUGAGAGAGAAGAACUUGAAUGCACUGCGAGGACUUGGUGGUGUUGCUGGCAUUUUGCCCCUUCUCAGUUCUCACUUUGAGGUAGCAAGCAAAUAAGUAGGAAAAACAAAAACAAAAAAAACAAAAAAAAACUUAAUAAUCUUAUACACUUGAUAAGGAAUGAUUGAGAAUGAUUGAACUUAACUUUGUUAAGUUAAUCAUAUUCGUUCUUUAUAUGACAGGAUGAUGGUGUUGAUGGUGGUCAAAAUCCACAAGGAUGGAACACGACCAAGUCCCCAGUUGAUGCAAAAAGCUUCUCCAACUUCUUGUUGAAGGCUUGCAAUCAAUAUACAGUUUUUUUCCUCUUACUCUCAGCAGGGUUUUCGUUUGCCAUUGAAUUCAUGAAGCAAGGAGUCAAACAAGGGUGGCACGACGGUGUUGCCAUACUCUUUGCGGUGUUCUUACUUGUUGCUUUCCCUUCAGUGGGGAACUACCUCCAUGAGAGAAAGCUGGUGAGGAAGCACCUGCUGGACAGGAGCAGACUGAUGGUGAAUGUUGAAAGGAGUAACAGAGAACCUACAUCAGUUAACAUAUCUAGUGUUGUGGUGGGCGAUAUAGUUCAUUUGAAGGAAGGAGACCGCGUCCCUGCCGAUGGUUUGUUCAUAGAUCAUGGUGAGGACUUGAUGUUGGAUGAGGUAUUGAACCCCAAAAUUGAUUGUCAACAAAACCCGUUUGUGUUGUCUGGUUCAAAGGUUAUUAAGGGGCAUGGUCGCAUGGUUGUGACAUGUAUUGGUGCCAAAACAGUUUUUGCUGAGAUGCACAGCUUGGGGACUAAUCAUAAUCCAAACGAAAAGACGCUGUUACAAGAUUUGUUGGACAAGCCAUUUGAUUGUAUGGAUUAUCUUGCGGUUUGUGUCUCUCUACUGAUUGCUCUCGUGGUGCUAAUACGGCUAUUAUUCUUCAGGAAGCAUGACAAUUACAAUGACAGGCCAGAACUGAAAGGGGAAGGUUCAAUGAACUUGGUAAUGAGGAUCUUUGAGAAAAUUUUCUUGAAACCUCAAGGACGGUUUUCCACUUUAGCAGGUGUUCUUGCAACCGCGGUGAUAGGGAUACAACAUGGAAUGCCUUUUGCGAUUACAGUUGCCCUUUGUCAAUAGAAGGAGAAGGUGGUCCAAAAUCAGGCAAAGCCUCAGAAUCUAUCAGCUUGUGUCACCAUGGGACUAAUAACAGUCAUCUGCAUAGAAACAACUGGUGAGCUAAUGUGUAGUCCGGGGGAGGUUAAGGAAUUUUGGAUGGGUGGAAAGGAUUUAUGCAGUGAUGAAGUGGACUCUGAAGCUGACCAAGUUGUUCUUGAAACACUGCAUCAGGGGAUUUCUGCUACCUCAUCCCCAACAAAAGAUUUGCUCAUUUCUUGGCUGAAGACCAGAUGGGGUGCUAACAUGGAGUUAUUGAAUGAAACAGGUAAUACCAUUGAGCAGAGACAAUUGAGCUCUGAUGAGAAAUGCAGUGGGAUUUUAGUGGAGAAAAUUGUGAACGAUGAACAAAUUCUGCAGUUGCACUGCAAUGGGGAUGCAUCAACAAUAUUACAUAAGUGUUCACAUUACAAUGAUAACAGAGGGGAAAGUAAAACUAUGAAAAACCAGAACAGAAGAUUUAAGCAGGUGAUUAAUAAAAUGGAGGAGAAUGGUCUUAGGCCCAUUGCAUUUGCUUACAAGAAAACAGAAGUCCAUGAAGUUACAGAAGAUGGGUUGAUUUUGUUGGCAAUCGUGGGCGUUAGACGCCCAUAUCAAGAAGAGCUUAAAUUGGCAGUCGAAGCUCUUAAAAGGGUUGGAGUAAGCAUCAAACUGGUGUCAGAGGAUGAGCUCUCAACAGUGAGAGCCAGGGCUUCACAACUUGGAAUCUCCCCCGGUUCAAAUGACAUGGAAAUUGAAGGAGAAGUUUUCCGAAGACUGAAUUCCAUGGAAAGGCAGGAUAAGAUGGAUAUGAUCUCUUUGAUGGGAAGGUCCCUCCCUAAGGACAAGUUUCUCAUGGUGGAUCGCUUAAGGAAAAAAGGUCACAUAGUUGCAUUCUAUGGAGGGUUGACCAUAAGCGACACUCCGACCUUAAAAGAAGCUGAUGUAGGAGUCAUAGAUGAUAUCCGGAGCACAGAAAUGGCUAGAGAGAAUGCUGAUCUUAUAGUUAGAAAUGUCUGUUUACUAGCCCCUAUUUGGAAGUCUGGUGCAUGUGCUUACCACAACAUUCAGCAAUUCUCUCAACUUCAGCUCACUGCUUGCAUAUCCGGGCUACUGAUAACCUUAGUGGCAACAAUGCAUUCCGGAGAGUCCCCGUUAUCCGCAGUUCACUUGAUUUGGGUGAACUUGAUUAUGUGCCUUCUUGGUGGCCUCAUGAUGGUGAUGGAGUUACGAGGCCCAGAACUACUCACUCAAAGACCUGCAAAGAGGACUGAGUCACUUAUAACACCAGUCAUUUGGAGAAACAUAGCAAUUCAAGUUUCAUCUCAGGCUUCUGUCUUGCUGAUCUUACAUUUCAUGGGAAAUGCAGUACCAAGCAUGGAUCAAGGCAUCCGGAAUACGAUGAUUUUCAAUACUUUCACCUUGUGCCAGGUCCUUAAUCUGUUGAGUGCCAUGCACUUGGUGAAGAAGGAAAUGCUACUAGUUGUCCUCCACAACUAUUGGUUUCUGAUGGCUUUGGGGGCUGUUUUGAUCAUGCAGGUGAUGAUUGUUGAGUUUGGAAAAGGGCUAGUUAGUGGUGCGAGGUUGAAUGCACUGCAAUGGUUGAUCUGUUUCCUUCUUGCUGCUCUUUCAUGGGGAUUUGAUUGGACCUUUAAAUUGCUUUCAGAUAGCAUCGAAAGAACAACUUCGGCAUUGAUGGUGAAUUCACAUGUGGGGUUCUCAAAUAGGAGGCGCAGAUUAUACAUUUCUAUUUGGUUGUUCCUGAUCUUCUCCGUAUCGUUGUUUUGUUUUCACCCAGUUUCUCAGCUCGCUAGCACAUAUAUCAGUUAAAUUGGAAGUCUCCCAUGGAAGUCUUAACAAAGUUAAUAAACCAUGUAGUCAUCUUGUGGUCUGUCUGUGUUCCUACUUGUUCUGCACAAUGCCAUCUCUAAAAUGUGAAUAAGUUAUUCUCCUGCCUUUUUA